AUGGCAGCUCCAACAACAGCUCCACGUGUUCCAGUCAUGGACCGUGCGCAAGCAGAGAAAAUCAUUGUCGACUGGCGAACUCGCGCCGAUGCCUGGCGCGAGAUGGAUGAUGUCGAGGCUCUCAAGAACUUUGAAGUAAUUCGAGUCGCGGGAACCAAGCGCCACAGCGCCAACAGCCUGUCGCUUCUAGUCUCGGAGCACUCGUACGCGCGCAACACGGCGACUUCCAGCCACCGAAUGGAGAGCGCCCGGGAGCGCUGGUCGCGCGGCUUUGCCGUCAACGUCAACUCGGGUCGGGGCAUGGUGGAGCAGUUCCUCGAGCACUAUGUGGCCAUGAUUGACCACGACUUCUUCUCGGGGCUGCUCACGCGCCCCGUGUGCGGAGCCGACAAUGUAUUCAUGGCGACUGACCCCCUUGUGAGACUCGAGCUCAUAAACAAGGCGGGCACAUUACAGCUCAGUCCCUCGGGAAGGAUCAUUGUGCCGUCUGGUGCGCGCUUUGAUCCGCAGCGAAAGGUCCUCACGAUUCAUAGCAUCACGUACAACAUCCCCGAGGCGGAUCUCAAGCGAGACUGGACGAUUGCCGAGUUCAUGACGACCGACUUUACUCGCCACAUUGAGAAGCGCGCGUUGGACGAUCUUCUCGUGAGCAUGGUCCAGGCCAUGCUGCACAUGUACUUGGGAAUCGGCAGUUGCUACAAGAAGGAAGAUUCCGAGGAGCGCAAGCGGGAGUUGCGGGACCCUCAUGGAUUCGGACACGGCCUGGCCUUUUGGGAUAGCUUUGCUUUCAUCACCAAGCAUCUAUCCGAGUGGAAGAUUGGCUCAGCAGAUUUCACGCAGUCUGCCAACCACAGCCAGAGGCAGGCGACUUACUGGAGAGAGCACUGGUCGCGCCAUGAUGACCUCGAAAAGCUCGGCGUCGACAAUGUCAGUGCUAUGCAGCCCAACGGCCUGUGGAGGAGGCUGUCCAAGCUGAGUCUCUCUAUCCUGUGGCUGCUCCUGGUCCUCAGCUUCGGGUUCUUGGCCUGGACUAUAUACAUCGACUUGAAAAUGGAUGAGUUGAGACUGCGUGCGCCACCAAGACUGUUGUAUAAUUUCCUGCCGCUUCAACACAGCUUGGACGACAUUAUUCGGAUGCCCAUCCCGAGCGUCGCGAUAUUUCUCUUCCUUUGGUCUCAGUUCUGCAUCAUUUUCAGACAUGAAAGACAAAGCUUGGCUCUCUCCAUCAUUCAGCAUAUCCUCUUGGGCCUUGGAGUCCUCGUGAUGUACAUAAUCUCUCACUUUGGGCCGCCAGGAUUUGACAAGCUGACCCAUGCUCAGUUUAUAGCCUUCUGGGUCAUUGCGCUGAUUACCCACGGGAGAAUUAUGCUUAGAAAACCCUCAGUGGAAGGCUUUGACGAUUGGUAUGACCAAUUUGAGGAUCUUUUCUUGGGCCGGUGGUAG